UUCAAAUAUAUAUAAUUUUCAGACACACACACAAAGCCAUGGGCUUCUUUGCAACAACUUUGUUGUGUUCACUGCUAAUAGUCUUCUCAUUUUUCCGAUUUUCGAGCUCGUUGAGUUCGAAUUACUACGACAAGACAUGCCCGGGCGUCGAGAAAAUUGUCGCCAAGGUUGUUAAGGAGGCGACGUCCCGAGACAGCAAAGUCCCGGCGACGCUCAUCAGGAUGCAUUUCCAUGACUGCUUCAUAAGGGGUUGCGACGGGUCGAUAUUGCUCGAAUCGAAAGGAGGGAAGAAAGCCGAAAGAGACGGACCCCCAAACGGGUCGAUGCACGCGUUUUAUGUGAUCGAAGAAGCGAAGAGAGAAGUGGAAGCCGUGUGUCCCGGCAUUGUCUCAUGUGCCGACAUAUUGGCAUUCGCUGCCCGGGAUUCUGUCGUUCUUUCGGGAGGGCCGAGAUGGGAAGUCCCGAAAGGAAGAAAAGACGGAAGGACAUCUAAAGCUAGCGAGACGGCGAUUUUGCCGUCUCCGCUUUUCAACAUUUCUCAACUCCAAAAGGCGUUUGGCCUUAGAGGCCUCUCCCUUGACGAUCUCGUCGCUCUCACCGGCGCACACACGCUCGGGUUCGCCCAUUGCUCGUCCUUUCAGAGCCGUAUCCACAAGUUCAACUCUACGCACGACGUGGACCCGACGCUCCGGCCCUCGUUUGCGUCGAGUCUAAAGGGCAUUUGCCCGCUAAACAAUAGGGCGAAGAAUGCCGGGAUGAACAUGGAUUCAACUCCGACUACUUUUGACACGACGCACUACAAACUCAUAAUCCAACGUAAAACUUUGUUCUUUUCGGACCAAUCACUCCUCACCACCCCGAGGACUAAGAGAUUGGUGUAUAGGUUUGCGACGUCGAAGAAGGCUUUUCAUAAAGCCUUCGCAAAGUCGAUGAUCAAGAUGAGUGGCUUGAAUGGAGGACAGGAGAUCAGAAAAGAUUGUAGAUUUGUCAAUUGAAUAUAGUAAAUAUAUAUAUAAUAUAUUGCAUAAUGAAGCAAGUAUUUUAUUGAAUUCUAUUCCUUGUCAUCCUUUCGAUAAAUUAUUUGUUCAUGGUUACUUGAUAUUUUAUUUUUAUUCAU